AUGGGUGAUGCAAAUCGAAUAAUACAAUUGUUUCAAGAACGAGCUUCUAAUGAACUAACGGUUUCAUCAUCACUUACUUCAGUACAAGAAGAAGAAGUUGCCAAUCAAUUAUUCGAUGUAUUUGAAUCGAUAUUGACAAGCACUUCGUACGAUCAGGAAGACGAAACAACUCUGGAUUACAAUACGUCAGAUAACGAAACAGAUCAAUCUGAGGAAGAUUUCGAUGAAUCUUCUAAUGAUCCAGAUUAUGAAGAAAAAGAUGAUGCGACACCGGUGUUCGAAUCGUUUUCUUUGUCAUAUAUGAAACGAGCACUUGAUUACUAUGACGCAAUUAAUCCAAAAACUGGAAAACGGUCACACACGUGGAAAAGCGUGCAACACAAAUUUCGAAGAAUUCGUCAUCAAUCAUAUAUGGCUCGUUUUCGAGACUAUGUUGAACAAGAAGGAACAAAAAAGGAAAAGAUCGAUUCAUUAAAUGAUUAUGUUUUUGAUAAGUUUGAGUAG